GCUUGCUAAAGUCAGUGUUGGCUAACGCCCGUUUGCCAUCCGUAGUCUUAUUAAUUUUGUUUAGUCAAUCAGUUCCAAUUAGAAUCGAAACAGGCUCGUGACAAAAUGUCGUAUGGACAAGGCUAUAAUCCGUAUGGUCAGCCCGGAGGCUAUGCCGCGCCGCCCGGAGCAUUUCCGCCGCAAAAUGCCCAAGUUUCUCCCCAGGCACAACAAUGGUUCGCCAUGGUGGACCGCGAUCGAUCUGGAAAGAUCAACGCCUCCGAGCUGCAGGCUGCACUUGUGAAUGGGCGUGGCGAUCACUUCUCGGACAACGCAUGCAAACUGAUGAUAAGCAUGUUCGACAACGAUGCCAGCGGCACAAUUGAUGUUUAUGAGUUCGAGAAGCUCUACAACUAUAUUAAUCAAUGGCUGCAAGUCUUCAAGACCUACGACCAGGACUCAUCUGGACACAUUGAAGAACAGGAGUUAACCCAGGCCUUUACCCAGAUGGGCUUUCGAUUCACUCCCGAGUUCAUCAAUUUCCUGGUGAAGAAGAGCGAUCCGCAGACCCAUAAGGAGGUGUCGGUGGACCAGUUCAUCGUGCUCUGCGUGCAGGUGCAGCGCUUUACGGAAGCCUUCAGGCAGCGGGACACCCAGCAGAAUGGAACCAUCACCAUCGGAUUCGAGGAUUUCCUCACCGUGGCCAUUGGCUGCUCGUACUGAAAGAACUUAUCCGGGCAACCACUCCAAGAGAAUCAAUAUCGACACUCUUGCACACUCACUACAUGCAUCAGAUUCCGAGCUUCGUGCAUUUUCUUUAAACUUCAACGGUGUUUGUUAGCUUUUUAAUAUGUAAUACAUUACUCACUCUACAGUCACAUUGCAAUCUCCUGGUACCAGAAUCAAAUUUCAAAAGUAUUUGUUAUCGCAGUCCGACUCAAUCAUAGUACAAAGUCUCUUGCGCCUAAUAAUAAACUAUAAACAUGUAUUUUUAAAAGUUA